AACUCUACGCCGCGUUUGCUGCUUCGCAGUGUCCACGAAAAUUGUAGCAGCGAAGGAAAGCGCAAAAGAGGAAAAUAGAAAAUAUUUGCGCCGCCUUUGGCCUACUGCAAAUCGAAUCAACGGGAUUGAAAAAUCCUGCCCGAAUCGAGUAACCAAAGAGCUUCAUAUCGGAGGCCCUCGAGGGAUUUAUUUUAGUUAUUUAAACAUCUCCUGCAGCGAAGCAACGUUUCUAAUAAGCAAGCAUAUAUAAAUGGUUUCUACUUUCAUCGGCCUAUUGGACAUUCAAUCAUGGUGGGAGAUACCGUGUAUUUCGCAUUUCUGUUCAUUGUUUAGUUCCGCCUUCGAAUUACCCGAUAUAGACAUCGAGGACCUCGAAUCGGCGCUGCUCUCCGAUGGUACCAGCGAUGAGGAUCAGGUCGCCCUAGUGCCCGAACUGAUUGUGCGCCUCCUCAAGGGCUGCGAUGCGCUCCAAUCGGUAGCCAAGGAGAUCACACACAGCAACUAUCAAAUGUUCUUGCGCCGCCUGUUGCGCCAACAGUGUCGUCUGCAUCAAACAGAGAAUCCCUUCGACACGGACAUUGACUUUCAAUCGCUGCCACCGCGCAAGCGCCUCCACAUUCUGCACGAUCUGUGCCACUUUCGCCUGGAAUCGGCCGAUGUGCAGGUCAUACUCAGCAAUCUAGAGGCGGACAGCCUGCGCGUAGAGCCACUCGGCCACGACGCCAAAAAUUCCGGAUAUUGGUAUUUCUACGGCACCCGUCUAUACCGCGAGGACAAGGCCGUUGGUGGGGCCGCUGCAGCAGCCGCAGCAUCUGCUGGCGGUGCAGGCAACAACUGCAAUACCGUGUGGCAGGUCAUCUGCUUCACCGAGGAGGACUGGCAGAACUUGGCGGCCAAAUUCAAGACCUCUAAGAAUGCCAAAGAGCGUGAUCUCUUCCAAAUACUCAACAAGAACUUUCUGCCCAAGCUGCCGCAGCUAUUCCGCGAGCGUGAACGUCUAAGGAGGAGAAAACUCCUGCAAGUGCGAAACUCAAGUCGCAUUCGCAGCAUCGCUGAACUGAAGGCGCGCCAGGAGGAGGAGCGUCAGGAGCGGGAGCGCGAGAACGAGAGGGAACGCCAGCGAAACGAGCGCGAGCAGCUCUACAGAGAGCGCCAGAACGCACACUGGGUGGCGCCGCCGUCCCAGAACCAGAACCAGCGCACACGCAGACGAUCUCAAUCAACAUCAACGGCCAGCGGUAUUUCCACAUACGCAAGCUCCUUCCGACGUACCACAACCACUAAUUCGAGCGAAUUUCUGUGUCACAGGGAAACCUUUUGCCUAUCGCCAGAAAGUGAAGAAGACACCGACACCGAGGAGGACGAAGACGACAGCAAGACCAACGACGCGGAACAGUCUUCGUCACCGACAGAGCAACAAGACCAAGAGAACCAAUUAAUAGCUGCAUCAGCAGCAACACGAGUAGCACCAGACACAGAUUUUCGUACGCCUCAAACACCGCCGCCAUCAGAAUCGCAAACGCCAGCGGAAUCAAAGAGCAAGAGCCAUCAUCAUCACCACCAUCACCAUCAUCAUCACCACAAAAAGAAAAAGUCGGGGAAGAAGCAGAAGAAACGCUCGCGAGAGCACCGUCACCAUCGGAGGCGUCACAAGCAUGCCUCAGAGGGAGAGGCAGACCAAGAAGACGACAACAACAACCAGCAGCUGCAGCUGCAGCAGCAGCAACAGCAGAGCGAGAACAGCAGCAGCAGCAAUAGUGUGUCGCAUAAGCGACGUCGUCGUCAGCAGCAACACCAGCAACAGCAGCAACAACAGCAGCUGGAACAGCGUACAGACGCUUCAGAAGAGCGACCGCAUGCCCCAUCUCUGAGUCCCGAGGACAAGGAGAACUUUUGUCGGCAGCUCCAGCUUUUGGAUUCGAAUUCGGCGGCCAUUGCAGUGGCCACAAACAUUGCAGACCUGAGCAUACCCUCGCCAGUGGCACAUGAGAGCGACGCGGAGCAGCAGGAGGCGCAACAGCAGCAGCAGCAGCAAUCAGCAGACUCUCCAGCUCGACCACGACAGUCGACGGCCGCCGCAAAGCGCGCGCAACGGCAAAUGGCGCCGGCGGCGAAUGUAAAGCUGCCAGGCCGGCAAACCAACAAUUCGCUCAGUUCGCUGACGGGCAACAUUUUCAUACCAGGCAGCGGUGGCACACAACAGCAGCAGCAGCAAUCGCAACCGCCCCAACAUCAGCAAUCGCAGCAGCCACAACAUCAGCAAUCGCAGAGCAGCAGCAGCAACAGCAACAGCAACAGCAGUGGGUCCGGGGCCUCGGGAUCUGCCAGCACUGUGCGCUCGAAGAAGCAAAAGGCCGUGCUGAAUAGCUCGACGGACAAAGAGGCGACGACGGGCAACAAGAGCAAGAAGUCAAUACCAUCAUCGGCCUCAUCAUCGUCCAGCAAGGCGGAGCGGCACAGCGGUGCCUUCUCAGACAAGAGUGGCGAUGACCAUGUAAAUAGUAGCAAACGUAGCACCACCACCAAAACCACCAUCACAGCCACCACCAACAACAACAGCAACAGCAACAACAAUAAUAAUAAUAGCAGCAGCCCUAACAACAACAACAAUCAUAAGCAACAGCACCACCACAAUCAUAAUGGAAAGAAUAACCACUCAAUGGCGGCUGGAGAAGGAGUAGGCCUAGGAGUAGGAGUAGGAGUAGGCAUAGGAGGAGCAUCGUAUGGAUCCCAUAAUAACCACCACCAGAAUAACAACCACACAAACACAACCUCCUCUGUUAUAUCCCACUACCAGUAUCCGUACCAUCAUAAUACAACCACUAAUCAUAGUAAUAAACAUAAAUCCAAGACGCACCAUCACAACCACAACCACCACAACCACUCCCUAACAACACAUCCUCCAUUCUCAAUCACAAACCACACCACCACAACAAAAUCAAACACCAAUUCAACAACGUACAACUCCUCCAAUCAUGCGAAUAUUCUUAGCUUCACCGAAACGGAGGAAGUGCUACAAAUUGGAAUGCAUAAGGUGCUUGUCUAUGUCAAGAAUCACCGGGAUGCGUGGCCAUUUAUGGAUCCCGUGGAGGAGGACAUAGCCCCGCGAUACUACUCGAUUAUUAGGAGACCUAUGGAUCUCUUGAAAAUGGAGGAUAAACUGGACAGCGGAGAGUAUCACAAAUUUGGUGAAUUUCGUAAUGAUUUUCGCCUGAUUGUCAACAAUUGUCGGCUGUACAAUGGGCACAAUAAUGAAUACACGGAAAUGGUGAACAAUCUGCAGGAUGCCUUUGAGAAGGCCACCAAAAAGUACUUUGAUAAUCUCUCGGACGAUGAGGACGAUGAUCCAAAUUUGAGCUAUCCAGCUGCCGAUUCCAAAAUGAAUGUCUUCCGCGAAAAGUACUUUAACAAGAAGGCCAAGGAUGAGGAGGGCAGGGAUGCGGCUGGGAGUGCUUCACGUGUGGAUACCAGCGCCGAGGAGGAGGAGCCGCCGAGUGUGAUCGAAGAACCAUUGGCGGAGGCAUCAGCGACGGCAGCGGCCACUGCACAGAGGCCCCAAAAGCGCAAGCGCAAGGAGAAGGAUAAGCGGCGCAAAAAGAAGACCAAAACCAAGGCGGAUCGCAGCGGAGGAGCACAUCCGGACGAGAUGGACACGGACGAAGAGGAGUUUGAGCCCGAAAGAGAACCAACGCCGCCACUAUCGCCGCACCCACCAGCACCACCUCCAGCCACCACCAAAAAGAGCAAAGCUGGCAAAAUAAUCAAAGAAAAGGAGAAGGAGAUGAACAAAGAAAAGGAAAAAGAAAAGGAGAAAGAGAAAGAAAAGGAAAAAGAGAAGGAGAAAGAUACUCCGGCUGCCGUCAAACGCGGUCGAAAGGGCAAAAGCGAAAAGGCCACAGCGAAGGCGAGCUGCGGCAAAACACAGCAAAAGACCAAAAAGGGAGGUAAGAAGUCUGCACCCGAAACGGAGUCGGACCUAAGCGAUUCUCGCGAGGACGAAAACUUCAGCGAUGACGGGCAGUUGGCUUUGGCCAAGGCCAAGUCCCUGAUUAAGCCCUCCGCCCGCACGAUAGCGGCCCAAAAGAAGAAGUCCGUGCCGGCCGAAUCGAAGGUGAAGACACCGACGCCUGUGAAGCGUCAGGUGAAGGGUAAGAAGGGCGGCAGAAAGGCGGCCAAGGCGGAAGAGGAGACGACGGAGGUGGAGGACAGCGAUCAUUCGGAUGUAGAUGCUAAGAAGCAACUCCUGCCACCCACUGCAGCCGCAGCUCUCGCAGAGUCCGCCGCAGAGUUGGAGGAGGAUGAAGAUGAUGACGACGACGACGAUGACGCCGAUGAGGAUGAGGAUGGAUCACAAUCGCGUAGUAUGUCACCCUUCAAGGUUGAUCUUCACAAGAAAUACUCGAAAAGUGCACUUAACGAUGAUCUCUCCGAGCUGCUGACGACGGUGAAAAAGGUACCCACCGCAGAGACAACAAAACUCAGUGCGAAGCACGAGGACGAGAACGAGGAGGAGGAGGACCAGGAGCAGGACCAGGACCAGGGCCAGGACCAGGGGAAAGCCCGACGCGGAUCCCUAAGCAGCAGUCGUUCCAGCUCCACAGAACGUCGUCCCUCGCCAGUGGCUACUAAGAGAGGGAAGAAGGCAGCGGGAGAGAGCUCCUCUCCAAGCAAAAAGGAGAAGGAAAAGGAGAAAAAGAUCAAGGACAAGGAGAAGGACAAGGAGAAGGACAAGGAGAAGGAUAAAGAUAAAGAUAAAGGACGAAGUGGGAAACACAAGAAGGCAAGCAAAGAAGAGUCGGCUGCUGCUGCUGCCGCCGCUGCAGAUCAGGCGGAACUGGAGAUGCUCCUCCCUUUUAUGGACAAGUACGAUGUGAUCAAGUACCGUCGCAGUCGCGCGGCUCAAAGUGGCUCCUCCGCCUCCAAUUCGAUUGCUCCCUCCGAGGACUCCAAAUCGGCCAGCACCAAGGGGAGUCGCGAGAGCAAGAAGUCCGCCUCCAAGCGAGACAAGUCACCAGAGCCGCCAGUGGAGCACAAGCGUGGAAGAAAAAGCAAAGAACAGAAGCGUUCGAAGGACGCCGAAAAGCUGGAGAAAACCGAGAAAACAGAGAAACCCUCGUCGAAGCCUGCCAAGGUCGAGGCGGAGAAGCAUCCGGAAAAGUCAAAGAAAGCGGAGAUACCAAAAACCACAGUGGAGAAACCCCCCAAAGAGAUGUCCCCAGCUCCUGCAAAAGCCUCCACAGCUGCUGUGAAGUCUUCAAGCUCCAAAGCGUCGUCUUCAAAGGCGCCGCCUCCAAAGGCUGCAGCUUCAAAAGCAUCCCCUCCCAAAGCAACAGCCACGACGACCAAACCUGAGGCAACAAAGGAACCUCUUGUCUCCAGCACUGCUUCCGCUUCCGUUUCUGCUGUUGCUUCUGCUUCUGCCACUGGUGCUGCUCCAAGUUCCAAAGUGAAGGAAACGACAGCCAAAGCAGCGGCCAAGAAGCGUGCGGCCAAGGAAAUGCCGCCACCGCCAAAGCCUGCAGAGAAAUCAGGAGAGAAAGGAGCCAAUAAGAAGGGUGCCAACAAGAAGGGGGCCCAGAAGGGUGCCGGACCGACGACAAACAGCACCACGAACCUCGAAGCCCUCGAUGUGGAGACAGAACAGACCCUCAAGGACAUCAAUCGAUGGCUGGAGCACACGCCGCGCUUCACCGAGUUCAGUUCUGCCAGCAAUUCCCCCAACUCGCGAUACAAUCUCCUCGACGACUUUGACUCCGCUCUGGGUGGCAGCAAACUGGAGGCAGCGGACUUUCGGCGGCCGGUGGCCCUAGCUGCUCCGAAAGUGGAACUGGUGCCCACCAAAUUGUCGGAGGCGUUGAACGAACUGGUGGCCGAUGGUCCGCCCAAGGAGGGACCCAAAUCCGAGUCCGAAACGGCAGCCCCCACGGCCAGCAGCGUGAGCAGCAGCUGUGGGACACCCCCGCAUUCGAUGCACUCGAGCAACUCCAUUGGCAGCACCUCAGCGACGGCUGCCUCCAGUUCCAAUUGCUCGAACACCUCCAUGCCCACGCCCAUGCCGGUGGCAGUGACGCCCACACCGACGACGGCCACUCCACCACCAGUACUGCCCAUUCCGAAGCCCAAGGAGCCUUCGACCACGCAACUGCUGUUGAACCCUCCACCGCCGCCACACGUGAAGCAGCAGCUGGCCAAGGAGGCCAAGAGGAAGAGCCUGAAGGAGAAGCAGGCGGCUUCGGCACAGGCGCAGCAGGUUAAGGCCAAGGCGAAUGUGAUGCGGACGAUUGAGCGCCUGCAGCCGGGCAAGGCGAAGGGUAAUCUCAUCCAGAAUGUGGCUGCAGGGAAGACAGAGGAGAGCGCAGACACUACACUCAACCAGGUGGCCACCAAAAACAAGGAACUGAAGAAUGCCCUCAUCACAGAGACCACCGAUGGGGCACCGAAGCUGAGUCUGGGCACUGUAAUCAAAACUCAAGAUUUUGCGCUGGGCAAGACGUUCGAUGAGCUGGCGGGGGCGGGGACGGGGGCGGGAACGGGGACGGGGACUGUCAAGAAGCCAACGGAUGAGGAUGACAGCAGCCCCACCGAGGAGAGCAAAUCGAAUGAGUCGUCGGUGAGCCCAAAGACCACCAGCCAGGAUCUGGCGCCCAAGCCCUUUGAGGCUCGCCUAGAGCUGAGCAAGCAUGGGAAGGGAUCCUCAGAGGCGGCAGAGGCGGCUGGGCAGAAGGAGAAGCCGAAUCUGGAUGCCUGGCUGAAGGCCUUCGGCGGUCCAAAGGUCAGCAAAAAGUCCGACGAAGAGGAGAAGCAGCAGACGCUAGGAUUGGUUGGAGAUCUGCCUGGGGAAUCCAGCAAAGUGGCGCCACCAGAACACUCGCCCGCGGGGGAUAACUUCUCGCUGCCCACGGUGAUGCGUCAGCGGAAGCCCAGUACCGGGAGCACCAACUCCGAGAGGAGUUCCUUUAGCCAGGAUCCCGACUCCCCGCGGAUAGCCAUCGAUGAGCGCUACGGAGCGUAUGCUGCGGGAUCCUACACCUCGCCGAUCGGCGCCUCCCCGAUCGGGGCCUCGCCGAUUAUGGUGUCGCCAAAGCCCAACGAUGACAUGGGAAAGCCCGCGUCGCCUUAUCCCCUGAAUGGAGCGAUCAAGGUGGGCUUCUACCAGGACACCACCACCAAGAGCAGUCCCGACAAGAGCUGCAGUCCGCGGGAGAUGAACUCCCCAUAUCCGCAGUACUCGCAGCACAUCUACUCGUCCGCCUCGUCACCGAAUGUGUCGACUCCGGAUCUGAGCGGGACAUCGCCGUAUGGCGGGGGGAAUAGCUAUAAUCCCUCUGGAUCGGAGGCCUCCAAGACCCCGGCGUACUCGUCCACCUCUCCGCUGCCGAUCUAUGACCAGUACAAGCAGCCGCGCUCCCAGGAAUCGGACUACAAUUCGUCGAUGAGUCCGAGUACCCCCAAUCCCCACUCGCCCUACCAGCAGCCCCAGAGUUCGCCCUACACGACGCCCCAGCAGACGCACCCAUCGCCGUAUCACGGCCAAUCGCCGUACCACCAGCAGCAGCACUCACCAUAUCAUCCGCAGGCGGGACAACAGCAGCAGGGGGGCUCCCAGUCCUCGCACAGUCCGGCGGCGCACCAGCAGGCGCACAGUCCGAUGCAAGGCAGCGUGGGAUCGCCCGCCUCCUCGGCAGCCACUCAACCUCCAACGCCGUUGGCACAAUCCCCAGCAGAGCAGCAGCAUUCGCCGUAUCAGCAGCCCGUGCUAUCGCCCUACCAGCAGCAGCAACAGCAACAGGUGGUGCAACCUCCUGUGAUUGGUGCUGCACCUGCGGUACAGCCAACGACAAGUGCAGUGGCCCCAACAGCUCUGGGAAACAAUGCGUAUGGAUCCACCCUCGAUGGCUACCAGCAGCAGCAGCAACGAUCGCUGUAUAAUCCAGCAACAUUGAUCAACCCCCUGCCCACUGCAGCGGCAGCUGUGUCCGCGGCGGCUUCCAUAACGAAACCGAAUAAUGAAUGGAGUUUGAAUCGGAGUCUGUUGCCUCCGAGUAUUACAAACAACGUGAAUCAGCAGGCAACGCAACAGCAACCACAAUUGCAGGGAGCGGCACAGCAUCAGCAGCAACAAUUGCAGACGACUGCGCAGCAACAAGUCCUGGGGCACCAACAUCAAAUGAAACCCAAGUAUCCAACCUACGCGCAAUAUCAAUCCACCAAUGCGGCAGCCAGUGCUGCAGCAGCAGCCGAUGCAGUAGACACGCAACAGCAGCAGCAGCAGCAGCAACAACAGCAGAAGAUUGUGCCCCCAACUUAUGGCAGUGACAUGGCAACAUUUAUGCAACAAAUUCAGCAGCCGCCAAAGACGGAGACGCUCAUCAAUCCGCUAAAGAGACCCGGGGAGGAGAUGGGAAUGGAUUUCAGUGGAAAUGCAACAAAUAAAAUGCCGAAAAUAGAUGACGCUGCGUCACAGCAGCAACAACCAUCGCCGGCACAGAUGCAACAGCAACAACAGACGCCGCCACAGAUGCAGCAGCAGACUCCAGCACAAAUGCAACAGCCGUCGCCAGCACAGAUGCAGCAGCAACAGCAGACUCCGCCACAGAUGCAGCAGCAGCAAACGCCGCCACAGAUGCAACAGCAGGUCCAGAACCACACGCAAUCUCUCCUGGCCAAGCAGCAGCAAAUGUUCAAUAGUUUCCUGGGCACCAUGACAUUUGGCAAACCAUUGGGCAACAUUGCGCCGGACAAGGCCUUUGAGAUGUACAAUCGAGCGGCAGCUAUGGGAUUCCCCAAGGAUUUUGGCAAGGACAACAGUUGUCAGCUGCAGCAACAGCAGCAGCAGCAACAAGCAACGCAACAGGCGAGCGGGAACAAGCCGCAGUCGAAUCAGCAACAAACGCAGCAGCCACAUUUGACGCAGCUGCAAACGCCGCAUAGUCAAAGCUACCAGCAACAACAGCAGCAGGCUCAAAAGCUGCCACUGCAACAGCAGCAGCAGCAGCACAACUACCAGCAGCAGCAGCAGCAAUCCCAAUUGAAUCACAAUUACCCGUCACAGCACCAGCAGCAGGCGACUGCGGAUAAACCACCAGUUACGCAGGCCGCUGGGGCAGCCGUCAGCGAUGCGAGCAAUAUGAUGCACCUCCCCUCGACCGCGCACCAGCAUCAUCUUAGCCAGACGCACCAUUUGGCGGCGUACAACAAGCCCACGCCGCCGCCACCGCAGACCUACAACAAUCCCCUGAUGCACAGCCUCCCAGAGUCGAUGCUGGGCUAUCCUGGAAACUACUUUGACAAGGCAAGGCCGCCGGCGGCUCAUAUGUUCAGUGCCUCGAGUGCGGCGGCCACAGCGUACGGUAAUCCCGCACAGCAGUUGCCAGGCAACUAUGUGCCCGGCAGCAACAAUCCCGCGCAGCAGCAGCAACAGCAACAUCAGGCUCCUGUCGCAGCGGCACCCGCGGAGGUCAAGGCACCGGCAAAGCGUGGCAGGAAGAAGAAGGCAGCCACCAUUGCUGCGGAGGCAGCGGCUGCGGCAGCCAAACAGCAGCAGCAGCAACAGGUGCAACAGCAACAAGUGCAGCAGCAGCAACAGGCGGCUGCCGCGCAGCAGCAAGCGCAACAACAGGCGGCGCAGCAACACCAGCAGACAAUGGCGCAAUACAACAUGCCACAGGCGACAGCAGCAGUCGCCUCGUCGGCAACCAACAGCCAGCUGCAAGCGCACGCGCAGGUUCUGCACCAGGGAUUCCAGCUCUAUGCAGGACUCAAAUCAGGAGGCGUUUCCUCGCCGGCAGCCAGCGCAGCGGCCACUCCCACAGCCGGGGGCGCGAAUGGAAGCAAUCAAACGGCGGCAGAUGCUGCAGCUAUUUCCCUCAAGACUUCCACAGGCGGCAUGGUGCCGGGCAGUGCCUUUAACUUUGCGCCCACACCGGGAGCCCUCGGCCUCUACGGCGACCAGUCGGCAGCUGCGGCUGCCAGCAGCUACUUGGAUCAAUUCCGAGAUGCCCCCAAUCCCUACUACAUGCCACCGGCACCAGCGCACAGCGGAGCGGGAGCGAAUGCGGCAGGGAAUGGUGCGGAUAAGACGCAGAAUCCACUGAACACGGCUGCCGGCUCGUAUCCCUUCCUGGCGGCCGCACAUCCAUCCACACGAGCGGCAGCCGCAGCAUAUCCCUUCGCGGAUCCAAAUUCUCAGCUGUAUCAACAGUAUCUGCGGCGAGAUGACUUCCACACGCGGAUGAUCUUCAACCAGAGUCUGCUCGGGGGACCAGCGGCGGCGGCAGCGGCUGCUGGCUAUGGCCAACCGCCUCCACCGCCGUCCGCCUAUCGAUCCGCGACGCUGGGCAUGCCCAAGCCGUAUGACAUAAACAGGCAGUCAUGGUUUUAGCAGUACGCCAGUGCCGCCAACGUGGAUCUCCAAGGGGACGACAUAACGGGGGCGGCAACUGGAUCAGCAACAGCGGCAGCAACGGCCACAGGAGCUGCCACGUCAGCGGCGGCAGGAGCCACACAGCUAUGAGAUUGCGAUGAGAUUUGACAGCAUAGUAGAACGGUUUCAAACAGGCAGAGAUUUCAUUGUGUGGUGCGAAAGAAGUCUGGGGCGUGAUUGUUUCUAAAUGAUAUUGUUUGAUAUUUAAGACUCGAAUUCCACUGCCCAAACUGAUCCCCACUCCCUUGACCCCAUCCUUUGUGCAAGUUUUCCUUUAGUUUUGACUGCAGUUGCGCCCUGGACCGAAUCGAACCGAAUCCUUGGCGAACCACGCCCCCCAAUUAGCCAGUUAGUUGGUCUUUUAGUUAGUAUUUAGUACUCGUCCUAAGCCUUUUCUUUAUGACAAUUAACUCGUACUAGGCUUAGCACUAAUUAGGCCUCUAAUUUUAUUUAAUUUAACUUAAUUUUUGUUUACUGCUUAACAAACAAACAAGCAAAAUGAUGAGAACGAUGGAAGAACCAAGCGGAGGAGGAGGAUAGAAAUUCAAAGAAUACCCCGACUAUAAUUAGUUUUUAGUUUAUUUCCACAGAAUUUACGAUUAAACGUGUAAAUUAUGAAUAUUAUUAUUGAUUACGUACUGUACUACUAUUACAAUGACUAUUAUCGAAGCAGGAAAAGGAUGAUCGUGCAGCGGGCAAUUUGUUGAAAUAUUUAUUAAUCGUAAAACUAAGCAAAAACUAAAAGAGAACCGCAAAAGCAGCAGCCGCAGCAGCCGCAGCAGCAGGCACACAACAGAACUAUCUACCGUAAAGGACACAUAACUUUUUUUUGGUUUGUAGAAAGCCAAGCAAAAAAUGUAUAAACUUUUGUUAAAUAUGAUAAGUAAGCCGUACACCCUAAAGCCCCCACAAAUAAACCAAUUCAAAACAGA